AUGCUUCUGCUCGUUUUCACCGUAUCCAUUGCCAAUAUGUUUUUUGCUGUUGGAGUAGUUUGCAUGCCCCUAACGGACCAGGGCCCCCACAUUGCCCACAGCUGGGGCCAGAUGGUCCGGCUCAGGCACCUGUAUGCUGCCAGGCCGGGACUGCACCUACUGAUCAGUGGGGAUGGACAGAUCCACGGCUCUGCGCACCAAACUCCAUACAGCCUUCUGGAGAUCCGUGCAGUGGGUCCAGGCUGUGUUGUCAUCAGAGGAGUAGCAACCGCACAGUUUCUCUGCAUAGAAGCCGAUGGAAGACUGUACUCAUCGCACACCUACAGCAGAGAUGACUGCACCUUCAGAGAGCAGAUUUUGCCAGACGGGUACAACAUCUACGUCUCUGACAGACACAGAGCCCUGCUCAGUCUGGGAAACCACCGGCAGAGGCUGCAGGGUCGAGACAGAGGUGUACCAGCUCUGGCCCAGUUCCUCCCCAGGAUCGGCACCCUGGAUUACACCUCAUCCCCUGGACUGGACACCCCUGAUGAGCCAAGACAGAGCGCAGCCCAAACGGAAGAACCUGUGGACACGAUGGACUCAUUUGGAAAGCUCUCUCAGAUCAUUCACAGUCCCAGCUUCCACAAGCGAUGA